ACAAGGAGAAUGGAGGCCAGUACCAUCAUGUGUCACAUGGGUCAUUAGAGACAGAUAUCCUGAUCCAAACAAUUAUUACAAUGAGUAUGUUCCCCUCAUGGUAACUUAACAUAGAUCUGACAUUAGCAGCACCCCUUAAAUGGUCAAAGCAAAAAAUGUUAAAAGAAAAAAUUAGUGUUUAACUUGUUACUUUCAAAACUGAUGCUUUAUUUAUUAUAAUAAAUAUAGCUGCUGAAUUAUACCUUUACAAGUUUGUGAAUAAUACAUGUAAUUAUGUUGACAGUCCAAAUAAUUAUCUGCUUAUAAUAAUUAUUUCUUAUCAAUUUACAACAUUUAUAUGAGCACAAGUAAAUAUUUCAUUUCAUUUUUUCCUGAGGGCAAGGCUAUAUUGACCCCAGGUAUAUUAGAAAUUGUUUGUUGAUCACUUGAUAGGCAAAUUAAUUAUUUUUUAUUUCAGUUAUGGUACACUGAGCAGCUGCUAAUUAUCAUUAUGUCUACAUUGGGAACAUUCUCCGAUUUGGCGGGCAUAACAGAACAGAACAUAGUACAUGGUCCUCUGCCAAAAGUUACUGACAUUACUAAUGGACUUGCGUUAGAGCUAAAAGCCUUCUGCGAUAAACAUGAAUACAAGCCUGCUCAAUUUGCUAAUAUUCUUGCUGAAAUUAAUCCGCAAUUUUUAGAAGCAACAGUGGCUUCAAUUGUAAACAAAUUAAACUAUUUAAAAAAUCAGAAAAGUAAACUACUCCAUAAGAAGAUAGUGAAAGGAGUUAAAAAUGAGACUGAAUUGCUGAAAAACAAAAUAACUUAAUGACAAAAAAAUUACAUGCUAAAUGUGCUCUCUUGAAAAAAAUAGGAUGAAUCAAUUGGACAUUAUUCUGUGAAAAAUGUCAAUAAAAGAGAUGAAACAGCUAGAAAAAAUUUGCACCUUCUCAGAGACACAUAAAGAACAAAUAUCAAACUGGAAAAAACAAAUUUUGCUUUAAAGCAGACAAUAGAAAAUUACAAGAAAUCAGACCAAGAGCUGAAAGACAGACUCGGAAUGCUUGAAAAAGAAAACCAGAACAUCAAAGAAAGUAUGAACAAAAUUGAAAUGCAAAUGCAAACAGAAAAAGAAAAAAAAAGUGGUUUUACAGAAAGCUAAUAGUUACAUGAGAGGUGAGAUCAGUGAAGUCAGAGAAAAGAUGAAGUCUUUGAAUAGUUUGAUUGACCAUGAUGAGUGUAAUAGCAAUUUAGUUUAAUUGAAACUAGCUGUUGUACAGAAGGAUGAAGAGUAAGCGGACAGAGACCUAUUAAUUCAAGAUCUACAAGAAACACUAUCUGUGUUGAAAAAUGAGACAAUUGAAACUAAAAAUGAGAAAGGGAUUUUCAACGAAAGUGUACGUCACAGAAACUUGCUGGAUUGGAAGUAGCUGUAGAGAAAAUGUCUCCAGUUAUUCAGUGUGUCAUGAAACAUCUUUGUGGGAUAGACUUAUGCAAAGACCAGCUUCCUAACCCUGCUACUGCUCAAGCCAUUGUGGAUGCAGGACAUUAUAUCACAAAGACAUUUAUAGCUGAUAAACUUGAGCAAUGUGAAAAUUGGGGAUUAAACCGUGAUGGAACUUCUCGUAGAAAACAAAAAAUACUAGAUACUUCAGUGACACUUGAUACAGGUGAUAUUGUAAGCCUUGGUUUUACCCGAGUUGCUCAAGAGACGGCCAAGACAAUACAAGCUGUAACUGAAGAUCAUUUAACUGAACUCUCUAAGAUGAAUGGAAAUUCCGCUUACCUGUCCGAAACUUUAAACAAAUUAUCUUUCACAAUGAGUGACAGAGCAUCAAAUGAAAAAUUGGCUGACAAACUUCUGGAUGAGUGGAGAGAUGCGAUGUUGAAGGACUAUGAAGGGGAAAAAACUGAAGUGCUCCAUUAUCAUUGCAUGGCUCAUGUGUUACUUGGUUUACAAAAUAAUGUUACACCGGAGAUAAAAGACUAUGAACAAAAACUUAAAAAUGAAAGAGGUCCUUUAGGUCGUGACACACCUUCUGUAUUUAAUACAUGGAGUAAGAAAGAAACUGUUGUGGGACGAGUUGUAAGAACAACAUCAGAUACAUUUGGUCCAGCAGGUGACCAUAUUGGACUUCGUUACCGUUGGGAGGCUUACCGUAAAUAG